ACAGAGCACAGAUGACGUUGCAGUCCGUCCACUAGUCUCUUCCGCCUUCAUAUCAGGUGUCCAUCCUCUGUGUCCCAUGACGGUGAAUAACUAGUCCUCCAACACCGUCUGGCGUAAUUUACUCCGGACAAGAUGAGUGAAGCUGUCGACACCACGACGCUGUGUCUCUUCGAUGUGGACGGGACGCUGACUGCCGCCCGGCAGAGGGUGACUCCCGGGAUGGAUGACUUCCUCCAGCGUCUGCGGCGGCGUGUUAGAGUCGGCGUGGUGGGGGGGUCGGACUUCGUCAAGAUCAAAGAACAACUGGGAGAUGAUGUGGUGGAGAAGGUGGACUACCUGUUUGCUGAAAACGGACUGGUGGCCUAUCAGAACGGCCAGCUGGUAGCAGUACAGAGUAUCCAGGCGUACAUGGGGGAGGAUCUUCUUCAAGACUUCAUCAACUUCUGUCUCAACUACCUGGCCAAGAUUACACUACCCAGGAAGAGGGGGACGUUUAUAGAGUUCCGUAAUGGAAUGUUGAACGUGUCACCUGUCGGGCGGAGCUGCAGUCAGGAGGAGAGGAUGGAGUUCUACCAGCUGGACCAAAAAGAACGAAUCAGAGAGAAGUUUGUUGCCGUUCUUCAGGAGGAGUUUAAAGGCAAAGGACUGACCUUCUCUAUAGGUGGUCAGAUCAGUUUUGAUGUCUUCCCAGAGGGCUGGGACAAGCGUUACUGUCUGGGCCUGGUAGAGAAGGACUCCUAUCAAACCAUACACUUCUUUGGAGACAAAACUAAACCUGGAGGAAACGACUAUGAGAUCUAUGCAGAUCCCAGAACAAUCGGACAUGAAGUCACCUGCCCUGAAGAUACACAGCGUAUCUGUCAAGACCUGUUCUUCAACUGACACAGCAUCAGAUGUGUGAAGUGCCAGAGAGACAGCCUGUCGUCCUGCCUGACACACAGCAGUAACCAGAUGUGUGAAGUGCCAAAGAGACAGCCUGUCGUCCUGCCCUACCAUGUGAUCAUUAGGGCUUUAUGGAAUUUAGGCCAACGGUGAAUUAAAAAAGCUUGUACUGCAUCUUUGAAAGUUAUCUUGGAGUUCCCUGAUGCAUAUAACACUGCUUUGGUGACACCCCUGUUUUGUAAACGAAUGGUUCUGACCGCUGGGAACUCUGGGAAAUGAAGCUUCUUCCAACCGUGUCUUUCUGCACAUAAAAUGAUUAACUUUAUCCACUUCAUGGAAACAUGAAAAACUGCUAUUGGUUCAACUAUAUCUACAUUGUUUGUGGGUUUUAGGCUGGGUUUCUGUGUAUCACGUUGUGACAUCGGCUGUUGUAAAAAGGGCUUUAUAAAUAAAUUUGAUUGAAACCCCCUCCUAAAA